AUGUUUGUGGGGAGCCCUGGAAGUAACGGCAGCGGCCACUCCAUCCGCCUGGGGACCAACGAGGAUACGUCGCAGCACAUGCCUGUGCUCUUCCCCACCUAUGCCCAGCAGCAGCAGCAGCAGCAACAGUCGCAGCCGCAAGAGCGUGUAGUACCUGACGCGCGACGGGGAGCGCCGCAACCGGCGGCGCCGAUGCGGCCGGCGGCGCAGGUGAAGAUGAGGCUGGGCACCAACGAGGACUUAUCGCAGUACAUGCCGCCCAUCCACCGCGCCUCCGCCGGUCCCGCUGCGCCUCAAGCCAGCCCUUUCGGCGCGGCGGACGUGGCGUCCAUGCUGGGGGCGCGCGUCGACGCCAUGACGGUGUCGCCGGGGGGGCCGCCCAGGCGGACCAGCUUCGAGGCCAGCCCCAAUGCGAGCCGCGACGCGUUGGCGGCGGUGGAGCGCUCGCAGUCGCACGACAGUCGCGGAAUCGCGGCCGGCCCGCGCGGCAGCGCGCCAAUGGCGGGUGGCAGCCCGCGGAAGGACGGGUUGGCGCCUGGGAUGGCGGGUUCCCCAUCGUACGGCGCGCGGCCCUUCCCCGAAAGAGGCGUCGGGGUGCGCUUGCCCACCCUCCACCGCCUCCAUUCCCUCUCCCCCUUAAUCGCUCCGUUUCUUACGCUGGCUUGCUCCCCCCCCCCCUUGUCUCCUCUUCUUCUCUCUUCAGUGUGCUCUUCUCUCGUCGUCCCUCCCCCGACCCUUCCUUCUCGAGCAGUUCCCUGCGUGCUCUGCGCGCUGCCGUGUUGGUCCGCGCGCACUGCUGCGCACUGCCGUGUUAGUCUGCGCGCUCUGCUGCGCUCUGCCGUGUUAGUCCGCGCGCAGUGCUGCGCUCUGUGCGCGACCUUAACCGCGCGCUCUCCCACGUCGUGCUGCAGCGCAACCCCCAAUGCUGCCCCCUCUCCACCCGCUCCCGCCCUCUCCUUCCACCUCCAGUUUCCAUCCGCCGCCGGCUCUCAGGGCAUGCGCGCCGCGCCGUACGCGGCGCGUUCCGCUCAGACCAGCAGCCCGCCAGGCGCACACGUGGCCGCGGCGAGGGGGUCGGGCGGGGGAAUGGGGUCGGGCGGGGGGACGGGGUGGGGCGCGGGGAGGCAGCAGCAGGCGCCGAUGCCGCUACCGGGGCGGCAGGCGUCGGGGGGGGCGGGGGGCGCGUCGUGGGACAACAUGGGCGUCAACAUGAGCAUGGGGUCGAACGCGGGCCUCAGUUCCUCGUGGAGCGACUUCGACACGCGCUCCAUCGGCAGCGCGGGGGGCAGCAGCGCGCGCCUCACGGAGGGCGGGGGGGGCGCGGAGUGCCGGCAGUUCACGUUGGCGCAGCUGGCGGCCGCCACUGACAACUUCAGCGACGCCAACCUGCUGGGCCGCGGCGCCUUCGGCAUGGUCAGCCCGCACUGCCCCUCAACGCCGCCUCCCCCCCCGCAUUGCCGCCUCCCCCCCCGCAUUGCCCCUCAACGCCGCCCCCCCCCCCCGCAAUGCCACCUCCCCCCCCCCGCAUUGCCGCCUCCCCCCCCCCCCGCAUUGCCACCUUCCCCCCCGCAUUGCCCCUCAACGCCGCCUCCCCUCCCCCUUCCAACCUUUUCUCCUAUCAUCCCGUUUCGUCCCUACCCCCUUCUUCCCCCUUCCUCCUCUCCUUCCCCCCGCCCUGCCCGCCCUUCCCCGCCGGCCUCUGUGUGGGAUGGCAAGAGGCGAGCUGAGAGACUUGGCUCCCCCUCCCCCUGCCAAGCUUGGCUCCCCCCUCCCCCUGCCAAGCUUGGCUCCCCCUCCCCCUGCCAAGCUUGGCUCCCCCUCCCCCUGCCAAGCUUGGCUCCCCCUCCCCCUGCCAAGCUUGGCUCCCCCUCCCCCUGCCAAGCUUGGCUCCCCCUCCCCCUGCCAAGCUUGGCUCCCCCUCCCCCUACCAAGCUUGGCUCCCCCUCCCCCUGCCAAGCUUGGCUCCCCCUCCCCCUGCCAAGCUUGGCUCCCCCUCCCCCUACCAAGCUUGGCUCCCCCUCCCCCUGCCAAGCUUGGCUCCCCCUCCCCCUGCCAAGCUUGGCUUCCCCCCGCUCCCCCUCCCCCUGCCAAGCUUGGCUCCCCCUCCCCCUGCCAAGCUUGGCUCCCCCUCCCCCUGCCAAGCUUGGCUCCCCCCUCCCCCUGCCAAGCUUGGCUCCCCCUCCCCCUGCCAAGCUUGGCUCCCCCUCCCCCUGCCAAGCUUGGCUCCCCCUCCCCCUGCCAAGCUUGGCUCCCCCUCCCCCUGCCAAGCUUGGCUCCCCCUCCCCCUGCCAAGCUUGGCUCCCCCUCCCCCUAGCCAAGCUUGGCUCCCCCUCCCCCUGCCAAGCUUGGCUCCCCCUCCCCCUGCCAAGCUUGGCUCCCCCUCCCCCUGCCAAGCUUGGCUCCCCCUCCCCCUGCCAAGCUUGGCUCCCCCUCCCCCUGCCAAGCUUGGCUCCCCCUCCCCCUGCCAAGCUUGGCUCCCCCUCCCCCUGCCAAGCUUGGCUCCCCCUCCCCCUGCCAAGCUUGGCUCCCCCUCCCCCUGCCAAGCUUGGCUCCCCCUCCCCCUGCCAAGCUUGGCUCCCCCUCCCCCUGCCAAGCUUGGCUCCCCCUCCCCCUGCCAAGCUUGGCUCCCCUCCCCCUGCCAAGCUUGGCUCCCCCUCCCCCUACCAAGCUUGGCUCCCCCUCCCCCUGCCAAGCUUGGCUCCCCCUCCCCCUGCCAAGCUUGGCUCCCCCUCCCCCUGCCAAGCUUGGCUCCCCCUCCCCCCUGCCAAGCUUGGCUCCCCCUCCCCCUACCAAGCUUGGCUCCCCCUCCCCCUGCCAAGCUUGGCUCCCCCUCCCCCUGCCAAGCUUGGCUCCCCCUCCCCCUGCCAAGCUUGGCUCCCCCUCCCCCUGCCAAGCCUAAAUGUUAGCCCGACCCCGUCCACUCCCCCUCCUAAUACCAGCACGGACAGUCCUGUUCAGUCGGCGCGAGUUUACCUUCCCGAUGUCGACCACGAGGUGUUCAAGCAUUUCCGCCGCAUAAAGGUGGACGAGGGGAAAUCGCAGCAAUACGAAUGCAGGUACUGCUGCAAUGUCUUUUCUGGCGCCGCCACCCGCUGCGCGCAGCACUUGGCGAGUUGGAGGAAGAUGAGGCGCCGCGAAGUGGCGCUAUGCAAGGAAGCCCCCUCUGAAGUACGGGCUGCCAUCCGGAAGAAGUAUGAGGCUAAGGCUGCAGCGGCGGAUCAGCGCCGCCAGGCGACAUCGGAUGCCAUUGCGUCGGUCACCAGCGGCGGAAAGAGGAGCCGCAUUACUGACUACUUGGAGACGGAUGCGGCAGCUGCGAAGCGCGAUGCACACGAGGCGUUGGCGCUGAUGUUCGCGGCGUGUCGAAUCCCGGAGCGCGUGGCGGCGCACCCUCUCUUCAUCAACGCCGUUUGUGCCAUUAGUGACUCCGGCACAGGAUACGUCCCCCCGACGAGGACGUUCAUCGGCGGGGCGGGCUUGCGACUCUGUUGCGAGAACAUCGACAGAGGGCUUUCUGGAGUGAAGGCGAGCUGGAAGCGGACCGGCGUGACAAUUUCUUCUGAUAUGAUGACUGAUAAGAACGGUCGCCCCCAGGCGAACGUGUUUCUCGUCAACGAGAGCGGUGCGGUGUUCAAGGACAGCGUGGACUGUCGCAUGGAGACCAAAACUGGCGGUUAUGUCGCCAGCAUCCUCAGGCCCGUGGUGGAGGAGGUCGGUCCCGAUAACGUGGUGGCGUUCUGCACGGACGGUGGGUCCAACUACGCGAUGGCGUGCAACGAGCUGAUCGCGGAAUGGCCGCACAUUCAACACGUGCCAUGCGCCACCCACGUGUUGGACCUCUUCAUGGAGGACGUCGGCAAGAUGACGUGGGCCAAGAAGGUGGUGGACACUGCGGGCGAGAUCAGCUCCUUCGUCCGCAACCACCACUGGACAAGGGGAUACUUGAGGACCCUCGGACUGGUGGGUGCAAAGAUGCUGCAGGCGCUGAAACCGGCUGGAACCAGUUUCGGGACACAGUACAUUGUUGUGUCCCGUCUCUGUGAGCUGCGGCAGUCGCUUGCACAGGUGGUGGUGUCUGAUGUGUGGAAGGGUUGGGCAGUUGGGGAUAGGAAGAAGUCUGCGGAUAAGUUUGCGUCACAAGUUCUUGAUGACGCGUGGUGGCGGACGGCGGAGUUUUUCUCCAAGCUGAUGAAGCUCUCGUUCAUGGCAAUGCGCAAGACCGAUGGGGAUGCCAAGGGGAUGAUGGGCCGGAUGUAUGAUGUGAUGCUGCAGUUGACCAAGGAUGUGGGGACAGUGGUGGAGGAGGAUGAGGAGCAGCUGAGCUACUCCGACAAAGUGAACAUCCGCCGCCUGCUGAAGAACAGGUGGGACGACAGCCUGGCCUGCCCCAUGCACGUUGCGGGCAGAAUUCUCAACCCGAAGAACCAGGAUGAAGACAUCUUCGGCUCAGACGCGGAGUGCACUAGGGUAUUCAAAACGUACAUCACUCAGCACGCCGAGCACCUGUGCAAUUACGGGAAGGAGGGGGAUGAUGGGGAUGACAUUGGCGAGGUUUUGAUGGAACUGCACGACGGGGUGAGGGCAUUUCUGGAUAUGAAGGGAAGCUUCGCGAUGGGGGAUGCAAUUGCUCAGAGGAACUUGGUCAAGCAAGGCAAGUAUGACAUGGUAAAGUGGUGGCAGUGGCACGGCAUUGACGCAUCAAAGCUGGCAACCCUAGCCAUCAGGACUCUCUCUCAGCCCGUGUCGGCUUCACCAUGUGAGAGGGGAUGGUCAACGUGGGAUGGGGUGCACACGGCCCGCCGGAACCGGCUUGGCUCUGCCAAGUGCCGGGAUUUGGUUUUUGUUGCGCACAACUGGAGCAUUGUGCGCAAAUGGCAUUCCCGUGCAGAUGUCAUGCCGGGUGUGGUGCUCGGGAACAUCCCGGAGCCUCCCGUGCCCGAGGGCUACAAUGUGAUGGAGGGGGACGAGGAGGAGGAGGAGGGGGAAGACGACAUUUUGGAGGAUGAGUAUGCCUUGGCUCCCCCUCCCCCUGCCAAGCUUGGCUCCCCCUCCCCCUGCCAAGCUUGGCUCCCCCUCCCCCUGCCAAGCUUGGCUCCCCCUCCCCCUGCCAAGCUUGGCUCCCCCUCCCCCUGCCAAGCUUGGCUCCCCCUCCCCCUGCCAAGCUUGGCUCCCCCUCCCCCUGCCAAGCUUGGCUCCCCCUCCCCCUGCCAAGCUUGGCUCCCCCUCCCCUGCCAAGCUUGGCUCCCCCUCCCUCUGACAAGCUUGGCUCCCCCUCCCCCUGCCAAGCUUGGCUCCCCCUCCCCCUGCCAAGCUUGGCUCCCCCUCCCUCUGACAAGCUUGGCUCCCCCUCCCCCUGCCAAGCUUGGCUCCCCCUCCCCCUGCCAAGCUUGGCUCCCCCUCCCCCUGCCAAGCUUGGCUCCCCCUCCCUCUGCCAAGCUUGGCUCCCCCUCCCCCUGCCAAGCUUGGUUCCCCCUCCCCCUGCCAAGCUUGGCUCCCCCUCCCCCUGCCAAGCUUGGCUCCCCCUCCCCCUGCCAAGCUUGGCUCCCCCUCCCUCUGACAAGCUUGGCUCCCCCUCCCCCUGCCAAGCUUGGCUCCCCCUCCCCCUGCCAAGCUUGGCUCCCCCUCCCCCUGCCAAGCUUGGCUCCCCCUCCCCCCUGCCAAGCUUGGCUCCCCCUCCCCCUGCCAAGCUUGGCUCCCCCUCCCUCUGCCAAGCUUGGCUCCCCCUCCCUCUGCCAAGCUUGGCUCCCCCUCCCCCCUGCCAAGCUUGCUUGGCUCCCCCUCCCCCCUGCCAAGCUUGGCUCCUCCUCCCCCUGCCAAGCUUGGCUCCCCCUCCCCCUGCCUAGCUUGGCUCCCCCUCCCCCUGCCAAGCUUGGCUCCCCCUCCCCCUGCCAAGCUUGGCUCCCCCUCCCCCUGCCAAGCUUGGCUCCCCCUCCCUCUGCCAAGCUUGGCUCCCCCUCCCCCUGCCAAGCUUGGUUCCCCCUCCCCCUGCUAAGCUUGGCUCCCCCUCCCCCUACCAAGCUUGGCUCCCCCUCCCCCUGCCAAGCUUGGCUCCCCCUCCCCCUGCCAAGCUUGGCUCCCCCUCCCCCUGCCAAGCUUGGCCCCCCCUCCCCCUGCCAAGCUUGGCCCCCCCUCCCCCUGCCAAGCUUGGCUCCCCCUCCCCCUGCCAAGCUUGGCUCCCUCGCCAAGGGACAGGGGUGGUUGGAUAAACCACAUUCAAUGCCACACCAAUCCUGCGUGCACAAGGGGCGACUGCUGGGGUGCCAGGUGGCGGUGAAGCGGCUGGAGGGCGGGGGUUGGCAGGGGCCCAGCGAGUACCGCAUGGAGGUGGAGGUGCUCAGCCGCAUGCGCCACCCGCACAUCGUGCUGCUCAUGGGCCACUGCCCCGACGCCAUGUGCCUCGUCUACGAGUACCUCCCAGGUGGCUCGCUGCAGGACCACCUAAACCCCGCUGCCCGGGGUGGUGGGCGGCGGCCUUUGUCUGUGGGGGAGCGGCCCGACAACGUGCUGCUGGACGGCAACCGCGGCUCCAAGCUCGCCGACGUGGGCCUGGCGCGCCUCAUCGCGGAGGACGACAACGUGACGGCGCGCGUGCGCGGCACGGCGGGGUACAUUGACCCGGAGGAGGUGGUGACGUGUGAGAUCAGUGUGCUGUCGGACAUCUAUGCGCUGGGGCUCAUCAUGCUGCAGCUGCUCACGGGCGAGCCGCACGUCAAGGGCGUGCAGCGCCUGCUCGUCGACCUCGUGGGCAGCGGUGCCUACAACUCGGGCGCGGCAGGGCUGGCGCGCGCCGUGGACAUUGUGUUGGCGCGCCUGGACACGUCAGCGGGCGAGUGGGAGCGCGAGGUGGCGGUGGAGUUUGCGAGGCUGGCGCUGCGCUGUGCGGACCGGCAGCGGGCGCGGCGGCCAGAUCUGGACCGGGAGUUGCAGCCGGCGCUGGUGGCCCUGGCGGAGCGCUGCAAGGAGGCAGCGGAGCGCCGCCGCGGCCACAUGGACUCGCAGCUGCUCUGCCCUCUCAGUCAGGUGCGAUGCGCGCUCUCCCAGGUGCUCUGCCGGCUCUCCCAGGUGCUCUGCCGGCUCUCCCAGGUGCUCUGCCGGCUCUCCCAGGAGCGCAUGAGUGACCCGGUGGUGGCGGCAGACGGCUUCACAUACGAGCGCAGCAGCAUAGAGGAGUGGCUCAAGACACGCGACACGUCGCCCGUCAACGGCCAGCCGCUGCCACACAAGUUCCUCACGCCCAACAACACUCUGCGCAUGCUGCUCAACUCCCAGGGCUAG